CUCUCUCUCAUCAUUGCCUCGUGAGGUUUUGAUCUCCAGCAGCAUCAUGCCUGAACCAGCAAAGUCCGCGCCGAAGAAAGGCUCCAAGAAGGCCGUCACUAAGACCGCCGCGAAAGGAGGAAAGAAGCGCAGAAAGUCCAGGAAGGAGAGUUACGCCAUCUACGUGUACAAAGUGCUGAAGCAGGUUCAUCCUGACACCGGGAUCUCUUCGAAGGCGAUGGGCAUCAUGAACUCUUUCGUCAACGACAUCUUCGAGCGCAUCGCCGGUGAGUCGUCUCGUCUCGCUCACUACAACAAGCGCUCCACCAUCACUUCCCGAGAGAUCCAGACCGCCGUGCGUCUGCUGCUGCCCGGGGAACUGGCCAAACACGCCGUGUCCGAGGGCACCAAGGCCGUCACCAAGUACACCAGCUCCAAGUAAAGCUCCGCUGCAGCUCAACACACAAAGGCUCUUUUAAGAGCCACACAACUCUUCUUAAAAGAAUUUCUGACCGUUGUGUGGAAGGCUCACAGCGGGAAUGGUUUCGGGGAUGUUCGCUGUCUUUACAAAACCUAAAAGCCUCAUGUUUUGUUUUAAGUAUUUUAAGUGUAACUAGGGUUAAACGUUAAGUUAUUUCUAAAGUUAUGUUAAGUCAA